UUAUUAUGUAGACCAGUCAUUUGGCCUGUGAAACCUGCUACAUUGCGAGCUAAGGCUUCAUACAGAACUAAAGAACUAGCUAAACCAAAGUCAAUUAAUCAAGACAGCAAUCCAACUUACACUGAGGGCAAGUCAAAGGCUGCUAAAAGAGGCAAAAGAUCAAGAAAACAUAAAGAAUCCAUCACUUACGCUGAAGUACCAAGAUUCAUUUAUCUCAGUGAGCCCAAGAAACUGCCUGAAGGAUACCUGACAAACAGAGUAUCACCCAUCUGGCCUGUGAAAGGUCAAGCAAUGAGAGCCAGGCCCAGUUCCAGAAUCCGUGAACUUGCCAAACCAAAGCAGCUUCAUAAGGAUUGGCGGCCAAGCAAAUCAGUUUAUUCUACGAUCCAGACGGAUGAUGAUAUGACGUAUGAUGUAAUGUCAAGUCGAAUGGAAGAUCUUGCUAAGCAUAAAACCUACCAUGAGCCGCCUGCUCUAAAAUCCUAUUUGUGGGACUACCCCUUCUGGGAUCAUCAGAUCAGUGAAGAAGCUAAGAGUAUAUCACCAACUAAAAGGAUUGUGGAAUUAGCAAAGCCUAAAGGAGACUAUGCAGGGUAUGUUCCCAGCAGACCAGUGGAUGAACCUGUAUCUGAUGCUGCAAUGAGCUACACAGCAACAGAAAGAGUCGAAGAACUUGCUAAACCAAAGAUCCGUGCUGCAGCAACCAAGUCUGAAAAUCCCUUUGUAAUAUCAGAAUCUGCUAAAAAUGCUGUUGCAACUCCCAGACUUGAACAACUCGCUCUUCCACUCCCUAGAAAAGUGACGCGCAAGAAACUUUGAUAAAGUCAUCUUGUCUAAGUGUUUCUCAAAUGUUCUUAAUUUAGUAUUACCUAAUUCACCUUCAAAUAUCUCACAACUGUUGGGAUGGGUUAGCAAGCCAUCUUUGGGUUAGUCUAUUUAAUGAGUAGGUGAAGUUUCACAAAUUCAAAGUUUAAUCCUACAAAUAGGAUUUGUAGAAGUGCUGAGAAAUCAAGCAGAUCUGAUUUGUAGACAUGAGGCUGAUCAAGUGUUGAACAUCUUUACUUCCUCCUUCAAAGUGUUCAGACCAGUUGGAUAGAGCUCUCAAGGAUAGUGGA